AUGGCCGCCGGGGAGCAUCGAUCCGGCGGUUGGGGCAACCUCCGGCGGGUCCGUGGGGCGCUGUUCCCUCGCCAGGCCCACGCGCACCCAUUGGAGGCCGUGGUGGCUCCGCGCAGCCCGAGGAGGCGCGACUGCGCGGGCAGUCGGCACCGGUGGCGGUGCGCUGGCUGCGAGGCUCGAAGACAGGGUGUGCUGGGUGCGAUGCGGCAUAGGAGGACUAAGGGAUACGAGCGCCCUCGCAAAGCGGGAGGACGACGAUGCGGCCACGACGUCCUCUGUCUCCUUGGCCUCUUCCUCAUCGCCUCUCUCGCCGACCGCCGCAUCUUAUUGUGCGCGUCAGCGUGUGGAAGGAGGAGCCGCGGUGCCGUCGCCGUCGUUGGGAGCUCCGUGUACCAGAACGGGCCGUGGAAUGGGCUGCAGUUCAGCGGCAAGCCGGAGAUGGAGCCCAACAACAGCAACUUCCAGUUCGAGUUCGUCGCCGUCGCCAACGCAGUUCCAGUUCGAGUUCGAGUUCGUCGCCAACAGCAACGAACGGGCUGCAGUUCGUCGGCAAUGGCGGCGGCGUCGUGUCGCGGUUCGUGCUGA